GAUGACUCCUUGCGCCCUACAGCAUAUUUGUACACUUUUGGUAUUCUGAGACAUUCUCAGCAUUUGCUGCCACGUCCAUUCUGCCAUAUUCGAGAAACUUCGGCAAGAAUUCUUCACGAGCGUUACACUGCCAUCCGGGCAACCGCAACUUUCUAAGUUCAACAUUAUCUCGAGUCCUAGUAACAGGGCACUGCCUAUUACACUCAGCUAAGCAGCUCGCGGCAGGCGCACAGUGGACGCUGGCCAUUUUUCUACGGCCACGUAGCAUUCUGUACCCUUGAACUGUUACCACUUCUCACGGCUCCAUUUGUGACCUCUUAUCUAUAUAUCACUUCAGCCACAACAUGGCGAAAGGCGAGCCGCAGCAGCAAGGGGCGAGCAGUUUACGAUUCGUCGUAGCGGGCCUAGUUGUGGCAACAGUGGGAAUAUUCGUAGGUGUCCAGUAUUCAGGCAAAAAUGCACAAGAGAUAAUGGUUGCGAUACAAGAUAAGCUGAAAGAUUUUGGAGUGCCUUUGGGCCAAGUGCACAAUGAGGAGGUGGAGAAAAAACACUAUGAGCAGCAGCAUGAGAAGCCUGGUAAUGUUGAUGAAAGGGAACAAAUGCGGCAAAAACAGCUUCGUGAACAUCAGGAAAGAAAGAGGCAGCAACAAGAGCUGGAGAAGAAGCGACAACAGGAGGAAGAGGAGAGGAGGCGCAGAUACGCAGAAGAACUAGAAAAACUGAAAAAAGAGAGGGAACGCGCUGAGCAAGAACCAACAGCAGAAACCGCCACAACAACAGCAGCAGCAACCAAGAAAAUGAGAUUUGAGCCCGAAUGUUAUACGAGUGCAUAAAGCUGCCCCAAUCGCUCAGUCAGUCGAAAUUCUUCCGCAGUCAUGUGAUUCAUCUAGGAUUUUGAUUAUGGUUAUCUGAAAAGGGUUCUGCUCUUAGAACGGAGCUUCUCAGUCAUUAUCUUGAACUAAUUUUCUUGUUUCAUUGCUGGCACUUGUAAGCUUCCACUUAUUAUCACCCUUCUCUUUUGUAAGAAUGCGCCUUCCAUUUUUCUUGAAGUUUACUCAAUUUUCUUAUGCUGUACAUCCGUAACUUUCCUGAUUUGAUGAGUAAUAAUAAAGUUGCUCACUUUCCAC